AUAUAUAUAAUUCACAUAACAACCACAACUCAAAAAGAACACAAACAUCUUCCAUUCAUUCAUUCAUUCUUAACCUUAAUAAGAAAUUUUUGUUUUAUGUAAAAUCAAGGGUUUUUCAUUUUUCUUCAAGGGUUGAAACUUUUCUGAUUUUAACCCUUUAAUCUUCUUUCAAGAGCCUUCUUUUUUGUUAUCUUUUUUGUUUUUGAAGCUAAAAAGAAGGCUCUUGUGUAUUAUUAUUCAAAGAUUUUUUCUUUGUUUUUUGGGUUUCAUUGUUAAUUGAUUCUGCAAAAAUGUUGAGAUUAUGGGUUAGUUAUUUGCAAUUGGUGGAGCUUUUUGUGAGUUCAUUGGUUCAUUUGCUUUAUGGGUUUUACAUAUUUAGUUCAGCUGUUGCUGGAGAUCUAUCAAUGGUUCUUAAUGAAUAUUUUCAAAAACCUAAUAUGAAUGUUGUUGAGGAUAAAGAAAAAUUGAUUCUUGAUGAAAAUCUUGAUGAUGAUCUUCCUCCUAUUGUUUUGGUUCAUGGAAUUUUUGGAUUUGGCAAAGGGAGGUUGGGUGGUUUGUCAUACUUUGCUGGAGCAGAGAAGAAAGAUGAAAGGGUUCUUGUUCCUGAUCUAGGUUCUUUAACAAGUAUCUAUGAUAGGGCUAGAGAAUUGUUCUAUUAUUUAAAAGGAGGACAAGUUGAUUACGGCGAAGAACAUAGCAAGGAGUGUGGACAUUCGCAGUUUGGAAGAAUCUAUGAACAAGGGCAUUAUCCUGAGUGGGAUGAAGAUCAUCCUAUUCAUUUUGUUGGACAUUCAGCCGGAGCACAGGUGGUUCGUGUUUUGCAACAAAUGCUUGCCGAUAAGGCAUUCAAAGGAUAUGAAAACACUUCAGAAAAUUGGGUGUUAAGCAUCACAUCCUUAUCCGGAGCAUUUAACGGGACUACAAGAACCUACAUAGAUGGCAUGCAGCCAGAAGAUGGGAAAACAUUGAAACCUAUUUGCCUGCUACAGCUAUGCCGAAUUGGGGUGAUAUUAUACGACUGGUUAGACAUUUCCUGGUUGAAAAACUACUACAAUUUUGGGUUUGAUCACUACAACAUGUCAUGGAGAAAGAUGGGUAUAUGGGGUCUUGUUGAUUGCCUGAUGGGGAAUGCAGGUCCAUUUGCAUCAGAGGAUUGGAUCCUCCCUGAUCUUACAAUUCAAGGGUCUAUUAAAAUCAACUACCAUCUUCAUACAUUCCCUAACACAUACUACUUCAGCUACGCGACAAAACAGACAAGGAAGAUCAUGGGCGUCACGGCUCCUUCAAGCAUACUCGGAAUUCACCCCAUGCUUUUCAUAAGAGUAUUGCAAAUGAGCCAGUGGACUCAUCCUUCAGAUGUUUCUCCCCCUUAUAAAGGAUACAGGGAUGAGGACUGGCAAGACAAUGACGGAGCACUAAACACAAUAUCAAUGACUCAUCCUCGACUCCCAAUUGAACACCCCAACCAUUUUGUGGAAAAGGAAUCGGAUUGCCAACCAAUGCAACCUGGCAUCUGGUACUACAAAUACGUGGAGGGUGAUCAUAUAUUAUUCAUUGUUAAUCGGGAGAGAGCAGGAGUGCAGUUCGACUUGAUCUACGACAGUAUUUUCGAACGAUGCAGGAAGCAUGUAUUUAGGAAGAAGCUUCCGACAAUGCCGAAUGAAAUCCAUCACUAGCAGACUUUUAUAUGUCACAAGAUAUAGGCCAUUCAUUUCAAUUAGACGUCCCUCCUCUUCAUCUUUGUAAAUGUAAAUACUAUAAAAAUAUUGCAAUGUCCUUCACUUUUAUACCACCAAUUUCUGUAACUUGUAGGAUUGUGAGAGAGAGAGAUAUCAGAGGCUUUAGGUAUUUACAAUACAAACACAUCACAAUAGUGUAUACAAUUGUAUCAAGUAUAUAAAAUGAAAUAUCAUGAAAGUUUCUGGUC